GGCUUGUGGGGCUGUGUUAGUGCCGUCGCGCACCUCAUCAUCGGACACUCGCCAGACAUUGAGUUUCUUCGCACGUAGCACGUGAAAUGAAAGUUGAAUAUUACUUUUCAACUAAAACCGUACUUUGAAAACCGAAAAUCACGGCUGUCUACCGGAAAAAUUAAUCUUAAAUUGAACUCUACGCUAUAGUGUGAAAACUUGGUAAUACUAACGAGUGCUGUGUGUGAGAAAACGUUCUCAAAAAUUGGGUUCAUAGGGAAACAAAAAAAUCGUGCAUUGCGAAAAAAAGUAGGGUAAAGUUAUAAGAAAAUCAUUGCCGAAAGGAAUUCAUGCAUUGAAACAGGAAGUUCCCCGUGGAAGACAAUUUUAUAACGCCGCAGUAUUGUCGUGCUGGCCGUGACAAGUAAGAAAACCAGAAUCGAUUGGAGAUUGAUAAUCCGCAAGACUGACCCGUUUCCUAUAGUACCCGAAUGGUGAACCUGGCCUUCAUACCACCAUCUCGGCAAUUGUCAACGUAGCAAGAAAAAAAACAAGACAUUUCGCGUUGAAGAAGCUCAACUUGGAAAAUUUCCAAAACGUAGAGUAGCCGAUUCAGAUUCUGACGGAGCGAGCCCGUUGUCGAAGAAUCAUUGUACAUCGCGAAACUGCCGCAGCAUCAGCGCCCGUAAACCUCAUCUUGGGAAAUUUUCCGAAAGUGAUUAGAACAAAAAGGUGUUAAAAUUUAUAUUUUGUACUCUAGUAAUAACCAAUUUUAAAUCCGAUCCUGCCUCGUUAAACGUAGAAGCGUCGGAAUUGUUAUCUUUUAUAUUAUUUAUUGCGUUUUCCUGUGCGACAAAAAGGAUCACCCAGUCGAAGUCUGUUCAACCUGAUCGCUAGUCAGAUAAAGAUAGAUCCCACGAGAUUAGCCAUGUCCGAGUCAGGGGAGCCGGUGGUUGCCGAGGAGAGCAACAACAAUCAGAUUGAUCUGGUUGAAUCGGUAAGCAAGCUGAACAUUAACGGAGAGGAAAGACACAACAAUAGCAACGACAGCAAUGAAGAGAAUACCGAUAAUAACAAUUUGGCCGAAAAUAAACUCAACAGCACCAACAACAAUACAACAGUUGAAGUUGGCCAUAACUCCAUAGGGAAACGCAUCCGUCGUACUUCGGAGAAACUUCACGCUGAUGACACUGCUAGUGGACACAAAAAAUACUCCUUAGAUAUGUUGCUUUCAUUAAAGGAUGCCACAAUUAGCCGAGAAAAACCUACCACCAUACCAGAUGCUUGUAAAUCGAUUUUGAAAUCCAGUCAUACUCCAGGUAUGUCAUCAGGCAGGAAUUACGGCCAUCAAGAUAAUUCGCUGCUUCCCACGUUCAUGAGAUCCGGAGACAACGAUGGAGGCAUGAUGAGCCGUCCGCCUCCGAUGCGCCGUGCCCCAUACCAUGGACGGUUGUCUGCGAAGGAAAUGAGAUCAGGAGGAUCUACCGAUGAUGUUGACAGUGGCUUAAUUAAAGUAAAUAUCAAUAUUACCGAGGAUGUAAAGCUGCGAACGUCAAGCAAUGCCUGGAAGCCAAGAUUUUUGCAAAAACAGGAAGAGACUGACGAAGAAAGUGCUAAAAGCCAAGAAUUAUUCAAGAAAUUCCGCAGUGUUCUGAAUAAACUGACGCCUGACAAUUUCAGCAAAUUGGUAGAACAGGUCAAAACAUAUGUCAUUGACACUGAGGAUCGUUUAGAUGGUUGCAUUAAAAUCCUCUUCGAGAAGGCCAUAAUGGAACCUAAUUUUACAGACACUUAUGCGCAAAUGUGCAAGGAAUUGGGUACCAUAAUAAAAAUUGAAAACAGCGAUAGAAUCAACUUUAAGCGGAAAUUAAUCACUCAGUGCCAGAAGGAAUUCGAACGGCAUCACACUGAUAAGGAAGUAAACGCCAGCGAGAAACAGGAAACUAUUAAAAAGGCAAUCGAGGAGAAAGUUGAAGAUUCCGAAGAGCUACAACUGGAACUAGAGGAAAAGGAUGCUAAAGUCCGACGACGUGCUCUCGGAACAAUCCGUUUCAUUGGAGAAUUGUUCAAGCACGAGCAGCUGACGUGCAAAAUUAUGUACACGUGCAUCAACAUUCUGCUAAGCGAGGAAAUGUUGUGUGAGGAAUCGCUUGAAUGUCUCUGCAAACUAUUGACCACAAUAGGUGGGCGCAUGGAGAAAGAUCCGGUUGCAGACUCCCAAGGGUUGCAAUAUUGCUUUGAACGAUUACAAGACAUAGCCGACAAAAAACCUAAUGCUAUACAAGUGUCCAACAGAAUUCGUUUCAUGAUAUUGGAUUUGAUAGAUUUGCGUAAAAACAACUGGCAGCCAAGGAAAGCGCAAGCGCAAGCCGCUCCAAAAACUAUGGACCAAAUCCAGAAGGAAGUGGAAGCCGAAGAACAUAAGAAUCGCAUCUUAAACUUUCAACUUUCCGGACCAGAUCGUGAUCGUGGCAACCGGGAUCGACACGAUCGGGAUCGCGAUGGAGGCAGUGCUUCCAAGAACAAGCAACGUUUCGUGGACGACGAUGGAUUUGUGCAACCUAACAAACCAGCUCGCUCGCUGGCCACACCGUUCGACCCUAAAAAGUUGAACCUAUCGCAAAACACAACGGAAGUUACUCGUCUGGGAUCAGCCUCGAUGUUCCAAGGUUGGGGUAAAAAUAAUGCCUUCGCCUCGCUGACCGACGAACAACAGCAGCAACAGCAAAGCGGACCACCCCCCAGUUUCUUUGGGCCCGGCGGCCUCGGUAGCAGCUCCGGUGGUGGUAGUGGUGGUGGUGGUGGAGGUGGUGGACAGCAUUCUUCCUCCGGUGGACAUGGCAGUAGAGGUGGUGGUGGCGGCGGUUACGGUGGUAGUCACAAAAAAUCGGGUGGUGGCGGUGGAGGCGGAAGUGGGAAAAAGUCACUUUACGGGGGAAGAAAUAGCAACAUUUUUUGAUGAACGACCACAGAUCAACAAUUAGCUUUGCUUGAAAAAAAUUCAUACUUUUCCCGGUUAAGGAAUUAAUUUUUUUUGAAUUAUUUUCGAUUUAUCUUUA